AUGGUACCAAAAAGUUGCAAUUCACUCAUCUAUAGUCAAUUCAUGAAAUUCCUUACAUACUAUUUAUCAAUACCAUCAGUUUUACCUCAACGUGACAAUGAAAACGAUUUUGCUGUUAUACGUAAUCAAUUAUUAAAUAUACCACCUGUUUCAGAACAACAAAUAGCUUCACGAAUAGCAAAAACAAUUCAUUUAAACGACAAAGAUACAGUGGAUAAUCCACCAAUUAGAAGACGAAUAGGCAAGAACGUAAAAUGUCAAAAAAAUCUGAUAAUUCAUUACACAUAUGAAAAACGACUUCAAACCUAUUGA